UUUGACAUCAGUUAUCAAUCACCUGUGUUGUGACGCUCAACUCUCUGAGUUGUGAGACGAUUCUAAUGGAUACCUUGAGCCAUAACAAUCUGUAAUACUGGUGGUAGAUGCGAAGUACAACGGGGUGUUUUAGCGACUAUUUAGUUUUUGACGUACGUUUCAAGAAUGGUAGACUAUUUCCCACCUGAACUCAGUGAUGAAUAUGAUAUUUAUGGAAAGACGCCCCCAAGAACCAAAAUUCUUCGGAAACAUAGAGAGAAAAAGCAACGAGAUAGAACGGGUUUUCAUAGGAGCAAGUAUGAAGAAAUUCUUGGCACUUAUGGGAAGUGGCGUAUCAAAAAAAAAUUUGGUAAACCAAAGCUUGAUAUUGAAAGAAGUGAUAAAAGGACAUGGAUUACAAUCAGAAAUAUGCCAUCUCCAACAUCGAAAGGAAAGGCCUCUAUUGCCAGGAGGAACACAGUGGGAUAUAUUUAUGAUGAAAUGAUUUCUAAAGCUGAGAUGACUGAUUCAGAUCAUGGCGGAAAUGGGAUAACUAACAAGAGGAUGACCAAACGACAGCUCAAACUUCUUCGAGGCUCCGAAAGAGACCUCAAACUAGACAUAGCCAGCGCCCAGGCCGCUCAAAAUAUGAUCAUCACUAACGUUCCCAAUGGCCCCCCAACUCCCCAACCAAGCUUUCAAGUGGAAUGCAACAAGCGGUUCAUGUGUCUGUCGGGAAGGACUGUAUUCAACUGCAACAGUAACAGACAUUCAUAUGACAGUAAGUUGGAUGAAAAGAAGAAACAAAUAAUGGAUGACAAUGACGAAGAGGAAGAUAAAACCAUGACGAGUAGAGUGCUGUUCCAUCGCACGUUGUGCAUGCUGAUCAAAAUAGGGAUUAGCGAUAAACAGGGAGACAGAAAUCCCAAACGAUGUCCCAGCCGAGAAGAAUUCAGAUGGCACGAGUACAGAGAUGUCAUAUGGCUAGAGCUGAGGGCUUACCAUGCAAGCCGAACAACUGUCGAAGAAGAUAUAUUUCUAUGCAAAGAGCGAAAAGAAGUGGCAACUUUGCUUGAUGACUUAAUGAAUUACCGCUUCGAGCCAAAAAGAUGUGGCAGAUAUCCUAAGGAACUUCAAACACAGAAUGGCAAAAAAGAAUGUUCUGGAUGUGCGUUCAUAAAUUGCGUCGCCUGCCUUGAUGCGCAAAGUGAGGCAUUAAAGGAGAUAGAAGAGCUGUCACAACGUUUGGAGAAAGCAGAGUCACUGUUCCCAUCUGGAAAAGCCUUCGCUGAGAUGUAUCCAAUAUAUAGAAGUCCCGAGUUUGAAGGGAGAGUUGCCACUAUCAGCUUAUGGGUAAAUCUAACAAGAUUACACAGAAUAAAUUUAAUGCUACUCGGAAGGUUCCUAUUCUUUCUCGACACGAAAAAUUGCAAAUGGAACACACCCUCUGAGAAAUCAACAACUAAUGGGGGCAGUAAUAACCAAACGGAGGGCAGUAAUAACCAAAUGGAGGGCAAAAAAAGUCCUUCUCCCAAUGAUCCAAAUAAUGAUUUCAACAUUGAAGACUUCGAUUAUAUGAGCAAUAAUUUUCUUCUUCAUUUGAUGAAGAUGACUGAGAACGAAGAUUCCUCACCUUAUCGAAAGUACAUUGAAAAUGUACUCAAAACUCAGGCUUUGAAGAAAAGCUUGAAUUUUCUGGAAAAAUUACACGUUCAAGUACUUAAUAAGGCCUUAUUGACGUUGGAGAAACCAAGGAAUGGCGAUGUGUUCACUAACACUUCUCUUUCCAACGAGGAGAAUGAAUUGAGAAGGUACGGAGCAUGGAGUCCCGAAGCUCAAGCCAUAAACUUACCUUCUUAUCGUGCGGCUUUUCUAUUUCUCGCCGCUGUUCCCUUGGAGGUAAUACAUCAGUUCAUGUUGCUGAGAUUAGAACAGAGACCUCUGAAUCCAUCACCUCUGAGUGUACGUCAGUUAAUGAGAGAAUAUAAGGAAGGGCUCAAUAUUGCAAUAACACAAAGAAAUAGGGCUGAAAAUUACAUAAGCGCAAUCAAACGCUCUACAGAUUUGUCGAUCGACAAGUAUGUGUCUAAACUGAAACAUUACGAUGAAUGCAUGGAGAUGUUCUUUAUGGCUUACCUAGGAUAUAUAGAAAAAUGGGCACUUCUAGAACAUGUAACUUUUCAGAAAAACCUCCUGGAAGUAGAGUGGGACUACUGUAGUGAAAUAAUCAAAUGUAUGCCGCAUCGACAGGGUAUUCUUGAACAGAAGUUUUGCGAAAUACUUUGUGCAAUACUGAAGAGAAUCGCGAAUAGAAUGAUGGUCAAUGUUGAGGAUAUUGUAGGCGCCGCUCAGGACGAUGAUGACGUAAAAUACAACAUACUGGCUAUAUGUAGGGAACUUCAGCCUGUACUCAAUGAGGAAAGAGAAAUGAGUGUAAAAGCUCUUUCUUUUUGCAAGAAAAUAUUCAAAAAUGAAGUGUGUGAUGAAGCUGUGUGGAGGGUGAAGGAAGCGAUAUUUAAAUUCAAAUGCACAAUACCAGACGUUAUCGAGAGAAUACAAUCUUUGUUCGUAAUUGUUGAUACCAUUAUUGAUGAUGUAGAAAGAAUUACCCUUGUUAAUAGAGUCAGAGAAAUUUUAAUGCAAGCAUACAAGAUUGGAUUUGAAUUCUACAGAGAAAUGACUGAUUUCGUACCUGACCAGAAGAGAAGAAGACUCGUGUUGACCUUGGUGCAGUUCGCUAACUUAUGGAUGAAGUUCGUGGUGGAAAAAUGCGAAAGGGGUCGCGGAAUGCGUCCCAGAUGGGCGUUGAAGGGUUUGGAGUUUCUUUGCGCCGUUGUCGAUCCGAAGAACACUCGAUUCCUCACGCAGGCCGAAUUCGAACAGCUGAAGACCGACAUGGAUCAGUGCAUCUCGCAUGUAAUCGGUACCACGGCCCCCUCUACUCCGGAUUCGGGCCUAUAUUCAGCGUCCCCAAGGAGUUCGCACAGCGGAAGAUCCAGAGGAUCCUCCCCGAGUCCACGACCGGCCCACAGGAACAAGAGGUCCAGAAGAAAGAUCAGCAAUGAAAAGAUGUCUUCUCCGUCUGAGGAUUCCCUCGAUUCGUUCAGUUUUGAUAGCAGGAAAUUACUUGCCCCACAAUGCGGUGAUGCAACUCCCAAGCAAGACGUGUGUCCCCAAACUAGAGCCAAAGAAGCAAUAGAACUACUCGAUGUGGAAAUAGAUAAUAGUCGAAGAAAUGCAAGACUGAUCGGUAAAGUACUGAACAAAAGACCAACAAGCUUUCGCGUAAGACAGAAAUACGUCAAAUUCACGUGGCAAAGAGGCAUAAAAAUAGGACAAGGACGGUUCGGAAAAGUAUAUACUGCAGUCAACAACAACACGGGAGAAAUGAUGGCGCUCAAAGAGAUACCCAUACAAAAUAACGACGAUGGGAGUUUCAUGAGAGCCACCGAUGAAAUGAAAGUAUUGGAAGGGAUUUCUCAUAGGAAUCUUGUGAAGUAUUACGGUACCGAAAUCCAUAGGGACGAAAUGAUGGUUUUCAUGGAGUAUUGUCAAGAGGGUACCCUAGAAAACAUCAUAGCUGCAUGUGAUGGUGGUUUACCUGAACUACUGAUGCGCAGAUACACGUUCCAAUUGUUGUCCGGAGUACAUUAUCUACACGAACACGGUGUGGCGCACAGAGACAUCAAACCGGCCAAUAUUUUCAUGACUGAUGAUUGGAAUUGCUUGAAAAUUGGGGAUUUCGGGAGUGCUGCCAAAAUCAAGGCACACACGACGGUUGCUGGGGAACUGAAAGGACUUUUUGGAACUCUUGCUUACAUGGCGCCAGAAGUGUUUUCAGCAAAACAAGGGCAUGGAAGAGCUGCUGAUAUUUGGUCAGUUGGAUGUGUUGUUGUCGAGAUGGCUUCAGGAAAGAGACCCUGGUCAGAACUUGAUUCAAAUUACCAGAUCAUGUUCAAGGUUGGUUCCGGUGCCCGCCCAGAUCCUCCAGAAAAUAUGAUUGAUGAAGGCGUAGACUUCUUGAGGUUAUGUUUCAAAUUUAAACAAUAUCUCAGAGCUACAGCUCAAGAACUGCUUAAUCAUGAUUUUGUUAAAGUGGGAGGCGAGGAUCUAUAGGAUUCCCACUAUUCCACACCGUUUUAUUCGCCUGUCAGAAACUUCUGACAGUGUGAAGUAUUUUUAAGAGAUGAAAGUACUAUCCAACAAUCGCCCAGUGAAUCCUUUGUCACGCUUAAACUUGGUCAACAUUUUUCAAUAAUUGUUCUGUUAGUAAUCGAUAUUCUAUUGAAAUAUGAUGUUAAAGGAAGUCUGAAUCAUUUUGUUCCUGUAAUUAUAUUAUACUUCAUUUUAUUGUUUUUCUAUUUGUAUUUUAUAUUAUAAUCUUUUAUUCGAGUAAUGUAUUAUAGAUCUCUUCAUUUAAAUGUGAUAGUUUUUUAUUUAUAUAAUAGGUCUAGGUAGAACUGUGUAAAACUAUUUUUGCUGUAUGUUUCAACCUAGAGUUUUAUAUAAAGUAGAAUGAAAUAAUGCUGUUGUUCCAGCUCAGAAAUAAAUAUUUUAUAUAAUUGCCGAAA